GCACAAUGGACACCUAAUAUUUUUGACGUCUUUGGGUCCUCGCAGAGGGUGUGUUUACGCUGACGUCACAGCAGUUUGCCGAAGGGAUCAAGGACUGACACAUCGGCAUCAUGUUCCAUGGCAUACCAGUUACAGGAGGGGUGGGAGGAGCUCCGGCAAACAAGCCUGAGUUAUAUGAGGAGGUGAAAUUGUACAAAAAUGCAAGAGAACGAGAGAAGUAUGAUAACAUGGCAGAGCUGUUUGCUGUUGUCAAGACCCUUCAGGCUCUGGAGAAGGCUUACAUCAAAGACUGUGUCACGCCCAAUGAGUACACCGCCUCCUGCUCCAGGCUGCUGGUCCAGUACAAGGCCGCCUUCAAACAGGUGCAGGGCUCUGAUGUGGGCUCCAUCGAUGAUUACUGCAGAAAGUACAGACUCGACUGCCCACUAGCCAUGGAAAGGAUUAAGGAGGACCGGCCAAUCACCAUCAAGGAUGACAAGGGCAACUUGAACCGCUGCAUUGCAGAUAUAGUUUCUCUCUUCAUCACUGUGAUGGACAAGCUCAGACUGGAGAUCAGGGCCAUGGAUGAGAUCCAGCCAGACCUGAGGGAGCUGAUGGAAACCAUGAACAGAAUGAGCAACAUGCCUCCAGACUCAGAGGCUAAGGACAAAGUCAGCCUCUGGCUGACCACCCUCAGCAGCAUGUCGGCCUCAGACGAGUUGGAUGAUAAUCAGGUGCGCCAGAUGCUGUUUGAUCUGGAGUCGGCCUACAAUGCCUUCAACCGCUUCCUCCACUCCUCCUAAAGCCUCGGCCCAUCAUCGAUCCACCUGUCUGAAAUUCUGACUCUAAUAUCUAUUAAGUUAAAAAAAUGGCUAUUGAUGGGGGGAGGUUUAGAUCUGGACGGGGUCUAGAUCUGUCUCACAUCACCCCAUUUAUUUUCGUAUGUCCUUUUUAUUCAUAUUGUGUACUAUUCAAACUCCUCGCCUCGUGUACUUCAGUGUCUGGGACAUCAUGAUGCCUGCAGCCUUGCCCCCCAGGCUUAAUCUGUGCUGUGAGACACUCCAUUGGCCUCUUUUCUACCCAAACUUGUGUGGAAAAAAAACAAACAUUUGCUGUAAAUUCUGCUCUGGACAAAACAGUUUACUUCUAACUUUGUACUGUAAUAUCAAAAAGGUCUAAUUUUAUACUUUUGCAGAGCACCAACAAAGAAGCAUGAUACAAUUAUAUCGGGCAAAGUCUGCAGAUUAAGAAAAGGUUGCAACAGCCAAAGCCUUUCUCAUUGGAAAGAUAAAUAUAUAUUUUUUUCUUUUUCGUACCUUAAUUCUAUCCACUGCCGGCCACUUAGGGUCAGAUUUUCUGUUCUGUAUUACAUUUUGUUUUUCUAUCACUUUUAAUGCAGGACCUGCAUUAGGUUCUGAAGCUGACAUACUUAGUCUCUCAGUUAAUAGAAAAUGAAUGCAGCUUUAAUAAUGUAUGGACUUUAAUGUUAAACUGCACUUCAGAUUAAUACUUAUAUUGAAAUGUUGGUGGAAGAAGUUGUUUGUGUACAUUUUCUAGCCCUUUUUUCUGUUAACAAACCUAAUCCAUAUUUCCUUUACAAGUGAGGGCUGGCCACAUGAAGUAGGUAAAGCGAGGUGGACACACCCCCUCUUCAUUUUGCUUGCUAAAUAUGUUUCAACCCUCAAACAUCAUUAGGGAAAACAUAUUUAUUAAGAAUUAUCAUUGUAAAUAAUAGUUUUGAUUUUUAAAUAAGAGCAUGUAACACCUUUUUAGAAAUAAAAAUGAAAAAUCUACCUCCAA